AUGGCUGUUUUUGCCCCAGAAACAGAAACGCGGGAUGGGGCUGACACCAUCGCCAUCAAUGGCGUGUCGGCCGCCUCAUAUGUAAACGGCAAUGCCAACCUGGCCACCCGUCUCAAAAUGAGUCGUAAACAGUCGAGCCCCAUGAUGCCUGCUUUCAUGGUCUCUGCGCCUGGCAAGGUCAUUGUCUUUGGAGAACACGCUGUGGUUCACCGCAAGGCUGCUAUCGCUGCUGCCAUCUCUCUGCGAUCAUACCUUCUCGUCACCUCUCUUUCUAAAUCGAGAAGAACGGUUACGCUGCGCUUCCCAGACAUCGACCUGCAACACACUUGGAACAUCGACGAACUGCCCUGGGAGACCUUCCAGCGCCCCGACAAGAAGAAGUACUACUACGAUCUCGUGACGGAGCUUGAUCCGGAACUUGUCGAAGCCAUCCAGCCGCACCUCACUGGAGUAUCACUGCACAAGUCCGAAGAAGUGCGCAAAGUGCACCACAACUCUGCCUCGGCCUUCCUCUACAUCUUCCUCUCCUUGGGUUCCCAGUCGUUUACGGGAUGCCUCUACACCUUGAGAUCAACCAUUCCUAUUGGCGCUGGCCUGGGCAGCAGCGCAUCAAUCGCUGUCUGUUUAGCGGCAGCUCUUCUUCUGCAGCUGCGCACGCUAUCGGGCCCACACCCAGAUCAACCUCCUGAUGAAGCACGACUGCAAGUGGAGAGAAUCAACAGAUGGGCCUUUGUUUGCGAGAUGUGUAUACACGGCAACCCUUCUGGCGUUGACAAUACCGUAGCAACGCAGGGCAAAGCUGUCGUCUUCCAACGGACAGAUUACAACAAGCCACCUGCGGUACGGCCACUUUGGGAUUUUCCCGAACUGCCCCUUCUUCUCGUCGACACGAAGCAGGCCAAGUCAACGGCAUUCGAAGUCGCCAAGGUCGCUAAGCUCAAGAAGACGCAUCCCGAGCUUGUUGGCUGCAUUCUAGACGCCAUCGAUAAGGUUACAGAUGCGGCAGACAAGCUCAUUGGUGGUGAGGAGUUCGAUAAUGAGGAGGCUGAAAGUCUUCGCAAGGUUGGAGAGCUCAUGACCAUCAACCACGGCUUGCUGGUCUCUUUGGGGGUGUCGCAUCCGCGUCUCGAGCGGAUACGAGAGCUAGUGGACCACGAAGGCAUUGGUUGGACUAAGUUGACCGGCGCUGGCGGCGGCGGUUGCUCCAUCACACUGCUCAAGCCCGAUGUGGAAAAGGAGAAGCUUAUGAAACUAGAGACCCAACUGGCGGACGAGGGCUACGAAAAGUUCGAGACGACCCUGGGUGGUGAUGGUGUUGGUGUGCUCUGGCCCGCCGUCCUCAAGAAUGGAAUGGACGAGGACAAUGACGGAGGUAUGGAAAUCGACCAGGAGAGCUUUCUGAACGCCGACGGAAAUGAAGGCGUCGAGAAACUGGUUGGUGUCCACGGAGGGGCAGGGGAGCGCGAGGGGUGGAAGUUCUGGAGAGUUGAGAGCCGAUAG